GAGUCCCAACAAAAUAAAAUUUCCAUUUAAUUUUCUUUUUUUUCUUUUUAGUAGUGUGAUUGGAAUGGGACCGUACAUCUUUCUUAUUAUAGCUAAAUUGCAUUUUAAAUAACAUUCCUCUUUGGAGUACCUCUUUAAAACCCAUUUUUUCCAAUCUGUUUUUCAUUUCAUAGUGAUUUACAGCUAAGCAAUUGCGAUGGGUCUGGUGAAAUUUCUCCGAGUCAAAUUCCGGCGAAAACGACAUUCCGCCGACGACGAGAUCUCCGCCGCCGCCGCCGUCGCCGUCGAUACCACCACCACGAAUUGCAAGCACGAUGAUCGGACUCAACGAAUAGUGAAGAGGCUGUCUUGGGAUCAGAUUCAGAGAUUAAUCACCAUUGAUUCAUCUCCGAUCAUUGGAUAUGGAGGAUUCAGCACUGUUUAUCUCGCCGGUCGAUUCCAGGAUUUUUCCACCACCACCGCCGCCGCCGCCGUUAAGAUACAGAACUGCACCAGCCACCGCUUCCGCCAGGCGUACAAAAUGGAACUGGAAAUCCUGCUUCGUCUCCACCAUCGAUAUAUCGUCAAACUCAUCGCCUAUUGUGAUCAUCCAGAGGAAGGGGCAUUGGUAUUGGAAUACGCAUCCAACGGCAAUCUGCAGCAGAGGCUCCAUUCAUCAAACACCUCACUCGCGUGGAGGCGGCGCGUGGCGAUAGCAUUCCAAUUAGCUCAGGCGAUCUGCUACCUCCACGACGGCUGCUCCCCGCACAUCGUCCACGGCGACGUGAAAUCGUCGAACGUGCUGCUCGACGAGAAUCUCGACUGCAAGCUCUGCGAUUUCGGAUCGGCGAAGGUAGGGUUUUCGUCGGCGAUCGAUCCGCCGCCGCCGGCGGCGGAUUCGAACGCGCGGCGGCCGUGGAGGUCGAAUCGGACGGCGGUGGUGGGGUCGCCGGGGUACACGGAUCCGGCGUAUCUGAGGACGGGGCUCGCUUCGAAGAAGAACGACGUGUACGGAUUCGGGGUGGUGGUUCUGGAACUGAUAACUGGGGUUGAGGCUUUCAGCGCGGCGAGGGGGGAGAGGCUGACGGCGAGGGCGGAGCCGAUGCUGAGAGACGCGGGGAAGGUGGCGGAGAUGGUGGAUCCGCGGCUCGCCGGCGGGGAGAUCGAUUUGGAAGAAGCUAGAGCGAUGGCGGCGAUGGCGGCGAAAUGCCUCUCCGAUUCCCCCGGCGUUAGGCCCUCUAAAUUUAAUCUUUCAAUCAAAUUGCUUCUUCAAAGCUUCAAUAACAACAAUAUACUCAUAUUCAGUGAUAGAUAA